AUGCGCACAAUCAUGCCUAAAUUUCACAAAAUCGUCAUUGAAACGGGUUGUGACAAACCGCGCGAACACGAUCGCGUUGUUGUACAGCUUGCUGUCCAGCUGAACGGAGAGGUCAAAAUUGCCGGUCAAGUGCUGACUUUUGACCUGGGACACGCAGAAGAUUUUGGUGCUGUCAAAUUUGUGGAUCAUGUCGUGGAGACGAUGGGCCUCGGUGAACAGUGCACGGUUUCCGUUCCCGUCUCCGUGGCUCUCACUGAAUCAGAACGCAAACAAUGGGGCGUUGACACAUGCUUACCACAAGAUGAAUUAUUUCUAACGUUUCGCUUGCACGAUAUACAAAAAGCCAAACAAUAUGUCCGCGCGUUUCGCACCUACAAGCUUGGCAUCGGGUUUCUCCGAGGCAGUGUCAUUGUCCAACCGCCCGUCAGCCGCGAUACACCAUUGACCAAUGUCCCAGCGGAGUCGAACGAGGCUCGACAGUUGCUUGUGUUGUGCUUCUCCAAUGCCGCCCUAUGUCUGCUACAUUUGGUCUCCCUGAUGAAUGCCUCGUCCGAUGUGAAUCACACGAACGGUGUGCUGAGCGAUUCCGCACGACAGAUGGUGUUGCUUUGUGUGGAAUAUUGCACCCGGGCUACCGAGCUAGAUCCGACCUAUGCGAAAAGCUGGUUCCGUUUGGCCAAAUCGGAUGACGAGGAUGAUGAGGACGCGAUCGAAAAAUUACCGAUUUCCGUGUGGUCUAAUCACCUGGCUGCCAAUAUGAUGUCAUUGCACGAGGAACUGGAAGCGUUUGGCGAGAAAAUGCCGGAACCAAACAUGUCCCGUUCGUCCCGACGCGGACAUCGAACCAAUUCACGACUGAGUACCAUUCAGGAUGAGGAUUCCGAGAUGGGUGAAAUGGUUUAA